GAAGCUGGGUGGUAAGACCCGGAUCAUCUGGGUGGGUGAAACGCUCAGUGAAUGAAGACUUGUGAGCAGGGGAUUCAGUGAUACAGAAUGCUCAGCACGGGCUCCCCAGACAGCCUCCAUCACAUCCAGAGCCUCGAUCUCCCUUCUGCUGGUGACUGCCAGAUUCAUGUUGCUCCAUGCCAGCUUCCUGCUGAGCUCCAGACCCCCGUGUCCAGUUGCCCAGAGGAGAGCUUGCUCAUGCAAGAGGAGACUGGAAGACGUCUCCUAUGAGGAAAGAGCCUGUGAAGGAGGCAAGUUUGCCACGGUGGAAGUGACAAAUAAGCCCGUGGAUGAGGCCCUCCGAGAAGCGAUGCCCAAGGUCAUGAAGUAUGUGGGGGGCACCAACGACAAGGGAAUUGGGAUGGGGAUGACAGUCCCUGUUUCCUUCGCGGUCUUUCCUGAUGAGGAUGGCUCUCUACAGAAAAAAUUAAAAGUCUGGUUCCGGAUUCCGAACCAGUUUCAAAGCAACCCACCAGUUCCCAGUGACGACAGCAUCAAGAUUGAGGAGAGGGAGAGCAUCACUGUCUAUUCCACUCUUUCCUCUGGAUUUGAAGAACCUGUGAACUGGUGUCCGCUUCACGCCCUGAUCUGGAGCCGUGGCCAAGACAGGAUGAGAAUAACCAGUCCUUCGCGGAUGAAGUCCUGGGUGUUUUCACGUCGGUGACCCCAUAAUCAGCGUGCCGAAUGCUUGCCAGGCGUGACAAAUGGCUUGUAAAAGAGCAAAGCAUGAUUCAGAGAACGCCACCAAGGAUCAUGCACUAUUUGGCCUCAUCUUGGCCUGGUGUAAAUUCAGACUUUUGAGUCAUAAAGCUCGUCGGAAACGCGGGUGUAUUCGGCUCUAAUAAAGAUUUUAGUGCAACUCAGAUUUAGAGUGGUAUAUUUAGGCUGCAGGAUGACUGUGGUGCAGAGGCAGAUGAUGUAAGGGAAGGAAUAAUCUCCAAAUAAAGGUUUUGAUUGCUUCUCUUUCCCUAACUUCUGCCAGCAGGAGAAUUGCCUGAUUUAGAAAAAGUCUCUUUUCUUACUAGGAAAGGAAAAUGUUCAUGAUUUUGGGCAGGAGAAGAGAUGCAUUAGAAGGGGUUUAUUUGGGGGGCUAUGUAACGCUUGUGUGGGGUCCCUUCUGAGACUUCUUGGGUCCUUGCCUCUCUUAGCUCUGACGUAACAAAGCUGCCACACAUCCUUCUGGGGUGAGCACAGUUGCUCCGCUUUGGGAGAGACUGUAGCUCCUCCCUCUCCUACUUGUCCCUCCUUCCUGUUGGCGACAGAGGCCAGAGAGGACCGGGCAGGUGGUGGAACGGGUUAAGUGAAAACAGUGGGGAACGGUGGCCUGGGGAACAGCUUACCAUCUCUGGGGAAUUGCAGAUAAGGGGAGCUCACAUUUAGGAUGUGACUGUUGGUUUCAGGCCCUGGCAUGAUUAUAAUUUUUUACCUC